AAUACACACAGACACAGAGAAAGCGGGAGAGGUAUUUAAAACUUUUUGAGAUCUGUCACAGGCUUUGUCAACCCGAAAACCGUGGCGUUAGUCGCACGAUUAAUUACCGUACUGACAGAAGAUUUUGUUUUGGUCCUUCUUUUAUCAGCCGAAGGAAACGUUACGUGAACUCCCUAAGAAAGUUUUCUUCAGCAUUACUGAAGAUUCGCUGAACUAGUGGGGAGCGUUCAAGAAGACACCCUGCUGCUAUUUUUUCUGCCACGUCUGGCUUCAGGAAAGCGUUUUCUUCCAGCCAUGUGGCUAACGACACACAUACACCCCUCCGCCAUCCUGUUUUUGACCCUCAGCAGCUUGGCCUCUGCAGGCCCAUUGUCUCGGAGCCCUUGUGAACUUUUGCCAGUUGGGGUAGGUCACCCGGUUCAGGCCAUGCUAAAGAGUUUUACCGCCCUAUCAGGCUGUGCUAGCCGAGGAACCACCAGCCUCCCUCAGGAAGUGCAUAUAAUUAACCUACGAAAAAGCAAUGCGCAAGGAGACGGAGAGAAGCCAGCAGAGGUGGCGUUACAUCUGCGGCCCAUCCAGUCCCUGCCUGUGCAUCAGAAACCCCUGGUCUUCGUCCUGAACUCCCCCCAGCCCGUCCUCUGGAAGCUUCGGACAGAGAAACUGGCCUCAGGAGUCAAACGCAUCUUCCAUGUUGCAGAGGGAUCUGAAGUGCACUUUGAGGCAGGAAAUUUCUCUGAGUCGUGUGAGGUAAAGGUGGAAGAUCUUCCUCAUGGCAAUGAGCACCUGCUUUCUUGGGCCCAUCAACGCUACCGCGCGGUUACCUCUUUCAGCGAGCUCAAGAUGGCCCAUGAUGUCUACAUCAAGGUUGGAGAGGACCCCGUCUUCUCCGAGACCUGUAAGAUUGAUAACAAGUUUCUGUCUCUGAACUACCUGGCAAGCUACAUCCAGCCCCAGCCAUCUACAGGGUGUGUUCUCUCGGGUCCUGAUCAUGAACAGGAGGUUCACAUCGUUGAGCUCCAGGCACCAAACUCCAGCAGUGCAUUCCAGGUGGAUGUGAUUGUGGAUUUGAGGCCAUUGGAUGGUGACGCACCGCUCCAUCGUGACGUCGUGUUGCUUCUGAAAUGUGAGAAGUCAGUGAAUUGGGUAAUCAAAGCCCACAACGUCAUCGGCAAACUGGACAUUGUGACGUCAGAUACAGUCAGCCUGAGUGAAGAAACAGAAAGGCUGAUGCAGGUGUCAAAGACGGUGAAACAGAAGCUGCCCGCAGGUUCUCAGGCUCUCAUCCAGUGGGCAGAGGAAAAUGGAUUCAAACCUGUUACUUCCUACACCAGCACCCCUGUUGCUAACCACUUCAAACUGCGCCUCAGAGAACAAGAUCCAGGGAUCAUGGAUGAGGGAAUGUUUCCACCAGAGUUGUCCAUUCUCCGCAAAAUCAACCCACUUCCUAAGCCCAGCGCCCGGGAUUCCCCUGCACGGAACAGGUUCCCAUUCCCCUUCCUGCCAUCCACAGACCAGGGCCUGUCAUUCCCACCGCUGACCUCGUCUCUUGAGGAGCACAUCAAUCAGGAUGGGGCUCCCGAGGAGCAGCAGGGAGCUCCAAAUGUAGGAUUCAGUGUGCAGUGUGAAAAGAACAAAAUGGUUGUCAGCAUUGACAAGGAAACUCUACAGGCCAAUGGGUUUGGAAAACCCAAUAUCACUCUUCAGGACUCCCAGUGCAAAGCAACCUCAAACAACACCCACUAUAUACUGGAGACGCCCCUGUCUGGCUGCCAAACCACCAAAAUUCCCUCCCACCCCAGUCCAGUGGUCCUCUAUAUCAAUUCAAUUGUUAUUAGCCAAUCAGAACAGAAGGAUGGAAGCGGCUGGCCAAAUGAAUAUGAAGAUCUUGAGUCAGGAGAUGUUGUAAUGCCAGGAGAUUCAGAUGUGCCAGAAAGAAUUUUACCUGAAAGUGGACGUCAUGCAACACUCUUGUUCAACUGCACGUACCGCAAGAACCAGGACACCCCAGUUGACAGUGAUAUCGGAUCUCAAGAUUUUGUUGUAGACUCUCUAAAUAAUGUUACCUUCAACAUGGAACUGUAUAACAAUCCGUUCCAGUACCCCAGCACUCAGCAAUUCCACACCAUCACUGAGAAUCGGCCUGUCUAUGUGGAGAUUUCAGCCAAGAAAGCCGAUCCUAACCUCGGGUUCGUGAUCCAGACCUGCUUCGUAUCUUCAGACUCCAGUCCUGAUGUGGCGUCAGACUAUGUUGUCAUAGAGAACAUAUGUCCUAAGGAUGACUCUGUGCACUAUUACCCUCAGCGAGGCGAAUUCCCCAUCCCUCACAUUCAGAUGGACAAAAAACGCUUCAGUUUCACCUACAGAUCAAAGUUCAGUGUAUCAUUGCUCUUCCUGCACUGCGAAAUGUCCCUCUGCUCCAGACGAAAUGAGAAGGAAAUGAACCUGCCAGAGUGUAUGUUACCAGAUGAAGCCUGCACUUCCCUCAGUGUGGACAACAUCCUUCAAAUGAUGAUGAACACCAAGACCAUCACCAAGCCAAUGGUGGUCAUCUCCGACAACACACCUGUCACAGCUAACGUCCCUGUGGAGCCACCUAGUCCUCGACAUCCAGGCGUUAUAUAUGUCUUGGACACCCCAACUGUGGUGGGCAUCGCUUUUGCUGCUUUUGUGAUUGGAGCCCUUCUGACUGGUGCUCUAUGGUUCAUCUACUCACAUACAGGUGGCACAGGAGCGAUGCAACAGGUGCCAAAAUCCCAGCCGGUGUCUGAGAACAGCAGCGCGGCGCACAGCAUUGGCAGCACACAGAGCACGCCGUGUUCAAGCAGCAGUAAUGCAUAGAACAGCUGGACUGAUGAUCUUUCCACUGGCAUUAAGCUUUGUACAUUUGUGGAAGAAGAUGUGAUUUCGUAGCAUAACCUGAGGCCUUAUUAUUUUCAUAGUUUGGAACUGAAAUGUUUAAGCUGAAUAUACAACCAGAUGAAAAAAGCUACAUUUAGAGGUGAGGGAAAUAUUCAAAUCAAGAUCCCGGAGUUUUGAAAUGUUGUUUUUUUCUUGAACCCCAUAACAGAGUGUUGUUUUUGCCUUAUAUGGGUGAGAUCAGCGUGAAAAUAACAAAGGCUGUUUACACCAGUUCUUAUGGCAUGAAGGCCGUCUAGAGGAACAGUUAGUGCUCUGCGAGAUUACGCAAAGGCUCUGUCUUCACCUAAACAAAGAUCAGCGCCUUGCCGAAUCAACAUAUUUCAAAUCUGACAAGAGAAAUCUAAUGUAAAUAGGCCAAUAUCAAUAUCAAUAUCAUUAAGUCAAUAUUUGACUUUUAAAACCCACAUGCCACUCACUGAAAUCUACAUUCUACGGACGCCAAAAGUAAAUGGUGUAAAAAGCCUUUUUCAUAGGCAUUUCCAAUAUGUUUAGCACAGUUUUUUAGAAUAUUGUAAAAUAAUGUAUAUUCUGUGAAUACUGUAAGAAACACAUAGAGAUUUAAAGUGGAAAUACAUAAUACUACAUAAAAAGCUUUAACUGAAACCAAAUAUUUAUCAGAAGAUUCUACAUUUAGAAGAUAAUUUUAAAAUUUUAAAUGAAAUCAUAAAGGCAAAUAUGAAUGAUAUUACAGAUACAUGCACAAGCUCUUUCCCAUAAUUGGCCUUUUAAAAUAUAGUCACACAAUAAUAAGUAGUAGUAGAUUUUAGUUGUCUAGUCGUUUUUUCCACCCAAAACUUUGAGUUUCUGUACAGAUAAUUGCAGAUAAUAAGCAUUUUAUGAGUCAAAAAUGGACUUAUAGAUUUUAUAGAAUGUGAUUUUUAAAUGCUGGGCAUUUUUAUUCAACAUUAGUAUAAAAACGAAUGAUUUCAGCAAACAGCAGACUGUUACAUUUUGAUAUUUUGUCCUCAAAUUUAAAAUCAAAAUAAGCAUUUCGUCACCUUGGAGUUAUAAGAUUCUAUCUGUAUAUGUUUUUGUCAAAAUUGAGCUAUUCAUAUAUUUUUAUUCUGUGACAAUUUAUUUACAUUAUGUGGUGUUUGUAAGCUGUGUACAUUUUGGGCCUUUUUUUAGAAAACAAAAAGGGUUCUAUCUACAGUAUAGACUACUUGAAACUCAAUAUCUCAACACCGAUCAGAAUGCAGAUAGAACCUUAUAAUCCCAAGAUGGCGAUUUAUUGAGAAGGAUUCGAUGUCCCUAGUCACAAAAGAUGUACAUAAUCUAAUGCCAAAGAAUGGGCAUUUACUUCAUGUCUUUAAAUAUUACAGCAGCCCCUGCGUUGUGUAUGUUCAGGUACUAACUUACCACUAAAUUAAAAACAAAACCAGCAUUUUAAAACAUUUUGAACAUUAUUUCUGCUGUGUAUGUGAAGUUAACAAUUUGGGAUUUUGUGUAAAACAUGCAUACGGUUACACUUGUGAAGUGCAAGAAAAGUAUGAAUGCAAAGCCAGCGUAAUCCCACCGUCAAACCUUUACAUGAAUGUCGUAACAUUAUAAGUGCCUUAACUUUGAGUAUACGCAUUUUCAGAGAUAAAAUGAGGCAAGAAGGGAAGUACUGAUGUGAAAUCUGCCAAAUCUUGCAUCUAGUUGUUUGUUUUUAGUAUCUAAUGUUGCUUUUUUGUUUGUGAAUUGCUUGCUACAGACUGUACCUAUAGAAUGUACUUUAUUUCAAACCUUAAUUGCAUUGUAAACUUGUAUAAAUGUCUCCUGUAGAGGAAAGAGAGUAAGAAUCUAAACAUUUAUUUGUGUAUAAAGUAAAUAUAUUUUUCUAGAGAUACAUAUAUAUAUAUAUAUAUAUAUAUAUACAUAGAGCCACCCUAUAAUUCUAUCUGCAUACUGUGAAUUUUUGUGGGCAUACAUCAUUCUAUAUAAUGUUUUCUCUAAAUCUAAACAUAGUCCAUAAUGCUGAGGUGAGCUGCAUUCCUGCAGUCACUGACAUAAUCAUAUAAAAUAAGAUGUUUUAUUAUAGAUAUAUAUUUUUACGACUAUCUUUUAUAUGAGAACACUAUAGUAUUUGGAUUAUAAAAUAUAUUUUGAUGAUGCAAAUGUUUUAUCUCUCUUUUAAGCUCUUCACCAUUUAAGUAUCUGUUAAGUGUGUUCGUUCACACUGUAAACGCUAUGUAUCCAAGUUUGUGGGGUUUAAAUGGAUGAGUAUUUGCGUAAUCCUUGUAUUGUGUUAAUGUUUAAAAAAUGCUGUCAUGUUUAACAGAGUUUGAAUCUCUGAAAGGUCAUUUAAUGGCUGUAGAGGCCUUAUUGGAUUUAUCAAAAGGCCUUUUUCUCAUUCCAGUAAACGCUUUGUCUUGUGAUAAACUUUGUUUUAAAAUCUGUGUUUGACACAGUGGUUUUCCUGUUCGUUGAAUGAUGAAAUUGAUUGUGCUGUCUUUCUGGUUGUUAUCUACCUCAUUUGUGUGUCUAUGUGUGUAUAAAGUUUCAUUAGCUUGUCAUCAAGAAUAUUUUACUGUACAUAUUGUGUAAAGCUUGAUGUUACAUGAAAUAUAUCACAUCAAAUGUUUUAUCUUACAGAUUUGACACCAGUCACCAGACUUUGCAAACUUUAAAAUAUUCAGACUGUCUUGCUCUGAAACUACACACUAUUUGUGACGGUUUUUGUGUUUUGUUCCUCCAAUGGUAUGUGAAACAGUGUAGUGUUUGUAAAUACAACGUGCUGUAAAUAUGCAUGCUAUAUGUAUGCUUUGUAUAUACCAAAUAAAUUCUUGUAAUCUUU